AAUAAACUUUUUGCCAUUCAGAGGGAAGCUGUACAGUCCUUCAGAGCUCCCUGAUCACAGCCAUCCGGCAGCUCAUAUCCCCAACGCACCGAGAUCUUCUAGAGAACAGAAGCAUCUUCUGCAUUUUCUACAACCUCUUACACUUGUCUUCAUACCUCUUAUAACCUCUGCUUGCAUCAGCAUGGAUAAGGUUCAGCAGAUAACCCGCUCUGCCAUGAGGAGAGCCUCUACAAUUGAAGUGAACCCACAAGCCCGUCGAAAUCUUCGGGAACUAUUUGUCAAUUUUACUUUGAUUCUCAUAUGCCUCCUUCUUAUGUACAUCAUAAAACUGCUAAUGUGAUUUUUCUACACACUUUCUCUGGGACAAUGGACUCUUGUUUAAUGGACUAUUUUGUCUCUCUAUGGAACCUUGCCAUGAUUUAGUAUUUGUGUUGUUUCCAGAAUACUUAAUCAUGAGAAAAUAAGCUGUUGAAAAUGAGAUUUAAUGCAUUCUAGUCUUUGUUUAAUAUUAUUUUGAAUUUUGAAUAUUUUGAAAAGAGAGAAAACAUCAGUUUGGAUCAUUUAAAAUAUACAAGGAAUAAGUGCAUGUUACAGUAUUUUUUUUCUUGACCUGUAGCAUAAAUUAAAUUUACAAAGCUCUUAUUUUGUAUUAUCUGCCAUCUUUAAAAAGAGUACUGUCCAUUUCUGAUUCAAUGAAAAAAAUUCUCAUCUACUGCAAAUGACGCGUAUGUUGUCACCACAGCUCUUGUUGGUAGAUGAUGUACGGACGGAAAGUAGCUUCCAAAAAAGAAGACAUUCUGAAUUGGCUAGAACUGUGUAGACAAUCAUUGGGGAUUAUACACUUCACAUAUACCAAAUUACAAAUGAUUGUAAAAUGAUCAUUUCUGUUUUUUUCAUGACAGAUUUUUCAUUCCCAGUAAUGUACAUUUUGAGAAAGUUAGAGACCUGAAAAUAAAAACAUAUUUGUCGAUAAGGGAGAAGUAAUAUAACCUUCAUAUGUAUGUCCAAAUGUAUUGGCAAAUUAUUAUUUCAUAUCGAGUUAAUUUAUUUGAUGUCCUCUUAAUCUGUUGCAGUGUACUAUAAAUACUUGCACACUAGCCAAUUCUUGUUUAUGUGUGAGUAUGUGAAAAGUUAAAAAUUGAUCACCAAAUGGAUCUAAAUGAAGAACCCCCUUUGUCUUAUUUAAUAUCAGCUUUAUGGAAUACCAAUGCAUGGCAACAAUAAGCUGUUUCAUAAAAUAAAUCUGUCUGAACCA